CAUACCAUGUCAACAUUAGUAGGAAACAAGUUUUCUAGGUUUUCUUUCAACAGUGCUAUUAAAUAUCAUACAACAUGAGGCGAAGGAUGUUACAAGUUCUUCAAGUAUUGACAGUCCUCAGCAUCACUUUGAUUUUUCUACACAGCUCUGUGUUUCUAGAUCGUGUCAUCCAUUUUCCAAAAAAUAUAUUAGUUACAACAAACUGGGUCGUACUAGAUGACGUCUCUACACCUUGUGUGGAUGUAACUCUGAUAACCAAACAAGAUGAUUGGAGUGUCGCUAUUUUUGUCGACGUCGAAAAAGACAUUAUUGGAUGUAGUCCUUCCAAGUGUUAUCAAAUCACCAGAGAUUAUUUUCAACAGUCAUCAAGUCAUUUUUCAACUUUUACAUUUAUCAACACAUCAUCCAAAUUGACUGGAUAUUUAUUUGCUAUAGAAAAUGGCGCCAAGGUAAUUCUAGAUACAGAGUGCGACGCUUUAGUUGAAAACAUCACUGGAACAUUUCAUAUCAAUGAUGCACACCAAUCUGGAUUAAUGUACGAGGGUGCGGGCUUGUUUAAUCCUUUUCAUCAUUUUGGUCUGGCCGAAGCCUUUCCCAAAGAAUUUUGGUCUCUAGGUAGAAUCAACACAGCUAGAAACAUAUCUGAACUCAGAAACUCUGAUAUUUACUCUAUAGUAGACUGGAGCUCGGUGUCUAUAAGACAAGGUGUAACUGUCUCUACCUCGACUUGCUUAAAAUACACUCAAGGCAAUGUAAGCCGCCCUACAGUUGUAAAUACUACUCCAAUUUUUAUUAGAAAUUCAACUGCAGCCUCAUUCAGCACUGGACCUACAGUUUUCUUUGAGGAUGUCUUCAAGUUGCUUUUUAUUCCACCAGAGUUAAAUUUAGAAGAGAAGAAAGCUUUCAGGACAAGAUUAUUAAACGAAAUGAUCAAAGGUUCUCAACUUUUGACGUCUUUCUAUUACGUAUCUACACACAAUCAACCUUACGACUGUGCAUACGUCGCCGAAGCAUGUAAGGAGAGUUUAAAUACAAGUUGUGUUUCUAGUUCUAACUGUACUGACAUGUCCUCUUGUAACCCAAACGAUGAAUGCUGUAAUGAUAUACUGAAAAACGUAACCAUUUGCAUCAUGAAGGCAUGUCUUCCAUUGAAAGAUUUGACUAACAUAAAAGUACCUAUCUCUUCUUGGAUAGAUGAUCUUACAAAGUUUACGCCAAAAAUGUUAUUACAUCCAAGAACUAUCACUAAAACGGUUUAUCGUAUUCCUCAGCAAUUAAAAAUGUUCAACAACAUUACUAGUGAUUUAGAGAAAAUAGUUUCAAAAGACAUAGUAUCAUUAUGUGGACUUAAUGUAACAAUGAACUUGCAUGCAAUACAGAAAAUGACUAAUCCUGUGAUAGACGAUAUAUUGCUAAUUAUAGUAAUAAAUUAUGACAGCUUGUUUCCUUCUCUUGGUUUUAAUGAGUUUUUACACAGACAGUAUUUUAAGUUUAUCGUUUACUGUGUGCCCUCAGUAGAAGCCUUUCAGACGUACACGGAUAAAGAGGGAUUUAAUUACGUCACUUUCAUAGAAGGUGUAGCUCAUGGCUGGGAAUUUUUCUAUGAAUGCACUGCUGGCGCCAUGAAGCUUGGUCUACCAGUUCAAGGCUAUCUCCAGAUAGGAGACGAUGUCCUUCUGAAUACUUGGAACAUUGUUGCACUCCCUAGGACAGAAAUGAGUAUCUUCUCUAAGAUGCAUUUUAAAGAGCUAUAUAAAAAAGAUCCUAAAAGUGAAUGGGUUCACUGGAAUUCCUACAGAGGUCAGAGAGCAGUUGAAAAAGUUAUUGGGGAAUUAAAAACUGCUUUGAAUCUUACCGUUGAGGAGCAGUUAGAGAAAUACCCGCGAGUAAAUUUUACGACAUUCGCAGAAAGAUUUCUCAAAAACUUGGAAGGUAACCUGAAGCCCAACUUUGUAAUUUACGGUGCAACUGAUAUUUUUUAUGUCCCACAAAUUUUACAGAACGAGUAUAUUACAAUCACUGAAAUAUUUCGUAGGUAUAACUGUAUGGUGGAGUUAGUAGUUGGGAAUAUUUACAUGGGACUGAAGAAUCCUUUUGAGGAAAAGUAUUUGUUUGAAGGACAUGGGCUUUGGAAUAGCGACAGACAAAAGCCUUGGAUGUUUUUUGAUGCUAGAAAUGAGACUUUUAUACAUCCGUUUAAAUGGCUUUACAAUACGAAAAAUGAAGAAGGAAGAACGUUUGCUUGUGAAAGAUAUUUACCUUUGCUGAGUUGAUUGUCAAUUCAAAUUAUAGCUUUAUGAUGUAUGCUAAUAUGUUUUUGUUCUUCUAUGUAUGCUGGGCCGGCCUUAGGCAAGGGAAAACUAGGCAGAUGACUUUUGCCUCAGAUUGGAGGGGGCCUCGCACAGACUGAAAAUAUUUUUUUUAUAGAAGAAAUAAUGGUGACUUUUUCUCACUGUUAUUGUUGGAGUGCACUAGGUUUUUAGUAAAUUACGUAAUUUUAGUUUUUUUUUCAUAUUUAUUUUAAUUUUUCUAUUUCAUUUGAGGACACUGAAUUCACUUUGCCUAGGGCCUUCACUUAUCAAAAGCCGGCUCUGAUGUAUGGUUAAGCCUACACUAUUUAGAAUAGUUAUAUAUAUUUGAUCACAGCAACGUCUAAAAUAAUUAUUGUGUUACCUUUUUUGUGAUUGAAGAUUGGUUUAGGUCCACAAUAUUUUUUUGUACUUAAAAUUAAAGUGAAUUUGUCGGUGAAUGAUUUGUCAUGUACCUAUUGUCAGUAAGCCAUUUGUCGUGUGGACCAUUUGCCAUGAACAUAUUGUGAGUGAAAUUGUGUCUGAAAGAUUUGUUGGUGAACAAUUAUAUUUGACCUUUAGUAAUAUAGCCGAUAAUUAAGUUGUUAGAGCAUUGUGCGAAAAA